AUGACGAGUUUAAACAAAAGCGAGACGCAGAAUAUCUCUGCCGCCGAAGAAAAGGUUCCAAGUAAUCUUCCGCAAUGGACGAAAGGCAACUAUGAAAUUAACUGGGUGGCCGUCGCCGUUUUGGCUCUACCUCCCACGAUGGUUUUUGCGGCCAUUUUGGCGGGUAUUCCCCUGCUUCCAAAGACUCUUGCGGUAGCAGCAUUUUUCUAUGUGUUCAACGGCAUGAUUGGUAUUACACUUGGUUACCACCGCCUUUUUUCGCAUCGAAGCUUUGUUGCGCACCCGAUACUUCAGUGGAUUUGCGUAUUUGCUGGUGCGGGUGCUUUUGAAGGCUCUGCCAAGUGGUGGGGCCGCAAUCACCGCAUCCACCAUCGCUACGUGGACACCCCUAAAGAUCCAUACGAUGCCACUCGUGGGUUUUUUUUUUCCCAUAUGGGCUGGAUGGUCAUGAAGCAAAAUUAUGGCCUCCUUGGGAAAGUUGACGUGUCGGAUUUUAAGUACAACAUCAUAAUUCAGUUUCAGCAUCGCUACUUCUUCAGAAUUGCUAUGCUGUCCGGUAUUAUUCUCCCAACGCUGAUUUGCGGCCUUGGUUGGGGCGAUUGGCUCGGUGGGUAUUUCUAUGCAGGACUCGCGAAGGUGGUGUUUGUGCACCAUUGUACCUUUUUCAUCAACAGCCUGGCCCACACGAGCCUUUUUGGUGCGGUGAAGAAUUACUCGGACCGUAACACCUCUCGUGACUCCAUGGUCUGUGCCACUCUUGACGUU